CGAUGAGUCACUUCUCGCGAGAACAAUUAGCUCGUCGGUGGCGAGGAUUUGCAAAUGGAGGUUGCGGAAAAUCUCAGACUUUGAACGACAAUAGGUACACGCAGCCAUGUCUGAUUCUCUGUAUGAGAAGUUUUUGGCCCCCGAGGAGCCUUUCCCUCUCCUCUCCCAGAGAGCCAAUCUCAGUGAUGUGGGAACGCUUGAUGUCAGUGAUUUUGGCUGUCAGCUCUCAUCCUGUCACAGGACAGACCCCCUACGCCGCUUCCACAGUAACAGGUGGAACCUGACUUCCUGUGGGACGAGUGUGGCCAGCUCCGAGUGCAGCGAGGAGCUCUUCUCCUCUGUGUCUGUCGGCGACCAGGACGACUGCUACUCCCUACUGGAUGACCAGGAUCUGACAUCCCUGGACCUGUUUCCGGAGGGCAGCGUGUGCAGCGACGUUUCCUCCUCGAUUAGCACCUACUGGGACUGGUCCGACAGCGAGUUUGAGUGGCAGUUGCCAGGAAGCGACAUCACCAGCGGCAGUGAUGUCCUGUCCGACAUCAUUCCUAGCGUCCCAAGUUCACCUUGUCUGGUUCCCAAGAGGAAGCCCAAAGCUCACCCUCACCGCAACCUGGAUGAGCUGCCUUGGAGCGCCAUGACCAAUGACGAACAAGUGGAGUACAUCGAGUACCUGAGUCGUAAGGUCAGCACAGAGAUGGGCCUGCGAGAGCAGCUGGACAUCAUUAAGAUCAUCGACCCCUGCGCUCAAAUCUCUCCCACAGACAGCGAGUUCAUCAUUGAGCUCAACUGUCUUACCGAUGAGAAGCUCAAGCAGGUGCGUAACUACAUCAGAGAGCACAGCCCGAGGCAGCGGGCCAGCAGCAUCCGAGAGGGCUGGAAGAGGAGCAGCCACAGCAGCGCCAGCACAGGCGGCGUCAGCGGGGUCAGCAGCAGCAACGCCAGCAUGGUCAGCUCAGCGAGCUCCUCGACGGGCUCCACUGCAUCCAACUCUGUAGCAGGUGGUACUGCUUCAGCCUGCAGUGGAAGCAGCGUCGCUAACAUUAGCCGCGCCCACAGCGACGGUAACCUUUCGAGUGCUGCAGAACGCAUCAGAGAUUCCAAAAAGCGCUCCAAGCAGCGCAAACUCCAGCAGAAAGCCCUGCGCAAGCGGCAGCUGAAGGAGCAGCGACAGGCCCGCAAGGAGCGUCUGAGCGGCCUCUUCCUGAACGAGGAGGUGCUGUCGCUGCGAGUGACCGAGGAGGACGACCACGGAGACGACCUGGACAUACUUAUGUGACACCAGUGAACCAAUCAGUGCUCCCUCUAAACGCCUGCUCUUACCACUGCAGAUAGCUUAGCAUGCUUAGCCUUGGCUAACACCAACAUUCUUCUGGUACUCGUUAACAUGGUACCUUUUGCCAGUGGCUAUUUUGAGUAACGCUAACACUAUUUAAAUGCGUCUUAAUGAUCCAGAAGAUUGUAGACUCGCUAAGCUAAUUGAGAAGGACAGAUACAGCACACACAUACCUAAGUAGUGUAUCUCUACAGGUAUGUUGGAAACCACCACUGACACAUGGACUGAGCUGCUCUGUCCUUCUAUCUUCCGGUCCCAUCGUACUAUCAAGGCGUUAGAAGGAGCACUGAAGCACUGCAUGUUCUCACCCACACCAUGAUUCAGUAACUCUCAGCUUUGUUCCUUUUAUCAAUCCACCUCUUAUCCAUGUGUUGUAAAUAAAUAACUGCAUAUUUACUGCUUGCUUUUUAAGCUUAUCCCUAGCGACAAAGGUUUAAUUUCAUGUUUUCUCCUUUCCUAUCUGUGUGUAGUAUGACACUCGUGACGCCACAGACGCUUAGCGCAAUCAUAUUUAGACUCAUUUGUGUUUACUAUGUUGGUUUCAACUGUUUUAUAUUUUUUCCCCCCCUGAUAGCACUCCGAAUGUAACUCUGCCACGGCACAGUUUCUGAAUGAAUAGAGCAUACUGGAAGAUCAUGUGUGUUCACGUACUGUACACAGCGGCUGUGUUUCUGAUGAACGCUAACAUCCAGCUAACAUAUUCAGUCAAGUACAGUGUUUGGUGGCAUCGUAGCUACCUGAGAUAAAAGUAACAACCCGCUUGUUCUCUCCAUCUCUCUGCUACGGCGUGUUGAACCACUCGCAGUUAACAGUCUUUACUUUGUAGUAUACUCUAAUUUCUCCUGAAUGGAUUUUUAAUUGCAGCAAUUAUUUUCCAAAGCAGUUCUAUGUAUUGCGUAGUGUUGAAAUAGUAUAAAACUCUAUUUUGGGGAGGGGAAAAAAAGAUAAUUUUGAAAAGAAAAGUGACUGAUGCAUUGAAAUUAUUUGUGUAUAUAAAGUUUUGAUGAUUAUGGCAUUAAACAUCUUUGGAAAAAUACAUGUC